GCAUCAGGGGCGAAGAAGCCCAUCUGAGGACAAGGGGCCAAGUCCAGAACGAAGACUCGCAUUGAGAGUAGUAGCUAUUGCUGGAAACAGGGGGCUGCAACUUGACCCAGGUGGAGAGUGAGUCUUAGGAGGAGUAUGGACCACAGAUGAUGUUCGUGACACUUCGGAGUUCAAUUGUCCGCCAGUGGGCCACACCCCUGUAGGCUAAGGACCCAAGACAGGAUGUGGGAAGGACAUCUCAAGAUAAGAGCAUCUCUGGAAAGCAUCAGCCACAGAGCAGUGUAGCAAUCCAAGGUGGUCGUAUCUGAGGGGUAACAGCUGCACACCUGAUACAUCUAGGGAAGAGGAAGCCAAGUUCCACACAGGGCCCCAGGAUGGAGCUGACAGAACCCCCACCAGGCACAGCAGUGCAGAAGGAGGAACAGGAAUUGUUGGAUCGAACUUUCUUCUCUUGGGCUGAGUUCAGCCGCUUCUUCGACAAGUGGUGCCAGCAGCGGCUGGUGGUCUUCUCGGUGAAGAGCUCCACACAUGUGGCACGCAGCCCCUGGGCCAAUGCGCCCCCACUCUACAGGCUCAUCCACGUGCUCAAGUACAGCUACGUGCUGCUGGUGUGCAAGGAUGUGCGCGUACCCAACCAGUCCACAGCGUGGCCUCCACAGCCCAGCUGCCCAGCCUUCAUCACUGUCAAGCUGAGCCCUUUGCGGGAUCGUCUCGUGGUGUCUGAAUGUCAGCUGACCCACUCGCACCCGGCCUGCCCACGCGAGUUUGCCUACCACUUCCGCCCGGGCCACUUGCUGGCCAAUGCCUGCCUGCCAGUCCGCAUCACCAACCAGAUCUCCAAGCAGUUUGUGGCCCCUGCUGACGUGCGCCGCCUGCUGUCCCACUGCAAGGGCCCAGACCACGGGGUCCUGGAUGCCCUGCAAGUGCUUGAGGGGCUCUUCCGCACAGAUCCGGAGGCCAAGGUGAAGCUGGUGUUCGUAGAGGACCAAGCAAUGGUGGAGACCGUGUUCCUCUUGACAUCACGCACUAGGGCACUGCUGCGGCGCUUCCCGCGUAUCCUGUUGGUGGAUCGGCUGCCCGGGCUGCAGGGCGCGCUGGACCUGAUGGCAGUGCUGUGUGUGGACAGCGCUGGACGUGCGCGCCAGACUGCCUGUUGUGUGGCCCGUCCCGGUACACCCAGCCUGCUGAGGUUCAUGUUAGUCUCCCUGCUGCAAAGUGCUCCAGACGUCAAAGGCCGCGUGCGCUGCCUCACAGCUGGACCUGAGGUGGCGGGACAGCUGCGCGCAGUUCGCCAGCUGUUGCCGUGUGCACGUGUGCAGAUCUGUCGAGCUCAGGGUCUGGAGACGCUCUUCAGUAAGGCACAGGAGUUGGGCGGUGCCAAUCAGGAGGAUCCAGACCUGUGGCCACUCCUCUGCCGUCUAGCAGAUUCAAAGUCCUAUACAGCUUACAGCGAGGCACUGGCUGAGCUACGCUCCCAGGCUCCAACUGCCUUCAUCAGAUACUUUGAGCAUAACUGGGCACCACGCCACGACAUGUGGGUACGUUUCCGUGCCUAUGAAGCAACCCGUGACCUGGAUGCCUGUGCUCUAGUGCGUGGCCAUCGAAGACGACUUCUUCGACGCCUCAGCCCCUCACACAGUGUGGCUCAGUGCCUUCGCGACCUAGUGGCCAUGCAGUGGGCUGAUGCGACUGGAGAAGCAGCCUCCGAGGGUGCUCAUGGUGACAGAGUGUUGCUGGAGAGUGAGCCCAGAAAUAGGGCACAGAUGGAGAAAGAGAAGGUGAGGGGUUCAGAGACCAGCAACUGGGGAGGGCCUGAGCGAGAAAGUGAGAAGGGGAAGGGAUUACAGUUGAGAGAUGGUCAAGGAGUCUGGUUGGAGAAUCAGAAGGUGAGGGGACCUGAAGGGAGAGGAUUCCAGCUAGAAAAAGAGCACUUGAGAGGGCCAGAGGUCAGAGACUGGAGGGGAACCCAGGUGGAGGAUGGAAGGGUUAGGGUGCUGGGGCCCACAGACCAAAGAGGCACCCAGGUUGAGUCUGAGAAGACCAAAAGUCUUGAAGGAAGUCCCUGGAGGGACAUCAAAUUGCAAGAGGAGAUGGCAUGUCCAACGAAACCUCGAGAUUGGAAAGGGCCUCAGUUUGACAUGGAAAAGGGACUAGACGUUAGGAAGUGGAGGGAGGUCCAUGGGGAGAAGCCCUUAGAGUUGGUCCCCGAGAAUGGAGAUCAGAAGGGACCCGAGUGGGGUGGUGAGGGCCAGAAAGGGUCGGAGAUUACAGAGGAGAGAGGUGGGAGGUUUCAAGUCAAAAGGAGGCGAGGCCUGGAGGACAUCGUUGUUGUUCAUUUGGAGGAUGCAAGAGCUACAGGAAUAGCAAAUGGAGACGAAGAGGCGCCCCGGACUGUGGUUUCCAAGAAUGGAGCACAGCAGAUGGAAUUUGGGGAUCCAGAGGGGAGGCUUCCAGGGCUGGGGAAUGGUGUACCAUACACCACCCCUGUGCGGACUGUGUUGGAGGGCAAUUCAGAAUGGGCAGUGGCAAGAGUGGAGUCCCUUGCCACAGGGGAGAUGGUACAAGGGGGAGGCGAAGAAGGCCCAGGGGAACCAAAGAGGCUUUGCCGCCCCUGCAGAGAUGAGGGGGUGGACUGCGAGCCACUAGCCAAGUUCCGAGCAGCCUGUGGGCCUGAGCUGGCAGACCUAGUGGCUGAGGAACUAGCCUUCGCCAGGCAGCACGGAACCCGGGGUUUCCAUUGGAACGGAGCUGGCUUUGCCCUUAAGGAUGGCACCUCAGACUUCUUCCUGGAUGGAGCCCUGACACACUGCAGCUGCUCCAUCCAUGCUGCCAGACGCCUGCCCUGCAGACACCUCUUUGCUGCACGUCUCCUCACAGGGGCAGCCUUGUUCCACAUGGACCUGCUCAGAGAUUGCUGGGGGAGAUCCCAGGAACCCUGACCCUGUGCACCCCUUCCUGCUACCCUCCACAUGGAGGGCAGAAACAUAUUCUUUGAUCCCAAAGAUAACAGGGCUCAUGCCCAAGGGGCCACCCCAGGCCUUGUAAUCACCUCCUGAGUCACCUAAGGACCUCUCGUUGGCCAAUUUCCUCUACAUCCUAGAGGAUGCUGGCUAUGGUCUCUGAGAUCCUGGAGCCACACCUAUGGGAAAUGCAAUGGCCAGGGCACAUUGAAAGGACAUUGCUCUGGAGAAGAAAUGCAUGAGGAAAGGUGUAGACAGGAUCAGACAAUAAAGAAGACAAGAAAGGGACAGAGCUGGGCCAGGGGGAGGCUCAAUGGAGGUCACGAAAAGAAGCCAAGUUAUGGGGACACUGACAGAAGUAGGACUGAGAGCCCUGGGGACUACAAGAUUGGAACAGGAGAAGCUAGGGAGAGUGAGUAAGACUGUGGAGAAGGGAGGAAAAGAUAGGAGGAGGGAGGGCAAGAGAUAGGACUGGGGAAGUGAAGCACGGAAGAAGAGGGUGCUAAGGGGAGAAGACAGACUUUUCAAAGGACAUGACAAAGCACAGGAAGAGAAGAGAUGGUAGGAUGACCUGGGCACUUGGCCAUUUCUCAGGGUGGGGCAGGGGAGAUGGCCCUGAAGAUCAAGUGGGACAACCUAAAGACUGCCUCAGAGGGAAGGGAACUAAUUGAACAACUGUGCUUUGAGACUGGAAUAAACAGCAUUAUUUUGGUCUCCAGGCUGAGUUCAUGGCUUCUGAGAGAGUGGGGGACACGGAUCCAGAGGAAAAAUGAAAUGGCCCAGCAUCCCUUUGUCCUUUCUGUCAUUGAAUUUCUUCUAGGAUGAAUGGUGGGGAGGAGGGUUACAAUUAAUCCAUUGCUAGGACAGCUGAUGACUCAUCCUCCUUCUUCUGAACCACUUCACAACCAUAGCAAUUUCCAGACAUUUAAGCACGCCAAAGUCCUCUCAGUGAUUAGUUUGAGAAUAGGUUUUUGACUAAUGGAGUCUUCUCCAGUGGAGACAGAACUUCUAGGAAAGAUUAUCUUACUCUUAAAAUGUUCCAACAUGAAAUGAUUCUAGGCCUGCUCACCACCAGUGUAGAUAUGAAGCCCAUCCUGAGGAGCAGCAGAAAACUGGUAGAUGAACAUCUAUUGCCAAAGAGAUGACUCAGCAGGCUAAAAUUAAAAAGAAAUAAAUAAAAUUUUAAAAAAGGUUGCCUUGCAAACCUGAUGAUAUGAAUUCAAUCCCCAGAACCCACAGUGGAAGGAGAGAACUGGUCCCCAACAGUUGUUCUCUCUCAUCCACAUGCAUACAUUCACAAACACAGAAAGAGACAGAGAGAGAGAAUAAAUCAGAAAUAUCUAGAUUCUUGUUGGACUCUAGAUCCGGGUCCUAGGGCUUGUUCUAGUGUGGUACUUCUGAAGUGAAGGAUGUUGAUGAUGGAGAGUGGCUUGACUUUGGGGUUCUGUGUGCACAACUCAUACAAGGGACCUGAGUCAAUAGUAGGCUACAAAAUCCAACUUAAGGUAGACUUUGCUCAGACUUCCAUGUAAACAUGAGAAGGGAAGCUUGUUGAGGUACAGAGUUAGAUUUGGCAGGUCAAGGAGGGUCAAGAAAUUUGAGAAAGAUGAUUCUGUUAUUGAUGGAUCACAAGGCACACUUAGAAUAGCAAUAAAAGAAUUUUAAGGUAAAUGAGAACUCAAUGGUUCAGACAAGGCAUCAAAGGUUCUAACUCUACCUGAAUGUGGGGGUUACAGUGACAGGUUUCUCCUCUUUUGUCCUGCCAUUUGUGUGAUGAAACACACACACACACACACACACACCUUUCAUGCCCCAGAAAGAUACAUGUUCAAAGUCCUAGUAUCAGGUGCUUAUAUUUAGAUCCCAGAAGACCUUUGUGUUCUCAUCCAUAAGUCACAAGGUUGACUGGGCUUACUGAGUGUCAGUUGUCUAUGGCUACACUGGUGCUAUGCUAACAACCAAAACACAUCUUAGGUAUACAACAAUAAGCAUUUAUUGCUGAUGUGUCUUGUAUUGCCCAAGAGAAUUGUCUAUAUUCUGGCUUCCCACAAUCCACAAAACAGUAUUGAUAAGGGAGCACAUUAGAAAUAGGGAGGGGUUGCCUUGGUGGUUAGCAAUACUAGCUGCUCUUGCAGAGGACCUAAAUUCAGCCCCCAUUAUGAC